AUGAUCGCCGCGGCUUUCCUCGUCUUGCUGAGACCCUACAGCAUCCAAUGUGCCCUCUUCCUCUUGUUGCUUCUGCUGGGCACCAUCGCCACCAUCGUCUUCUUCUGCUGCUGGCACCGCAAGCUCCAGAAAGGGAGGCAUCCGAUGAAAUCGGUCUUUUCGGGUCGUUCUAGAAGCCGAGAUGCUGUUUUGAGAUCGCACCACUUUCGUUCUGAGGGAUUCAGAGCAAGCCCUCGGCAUAUUAGAAGACGGGUCGCAGCGGCUGCAGCUGCCCGUCUGGAAGAAGUGAAGCCCGUGGUGGAAGUUCACCAUCAGAGCGAGCAAGAAACUUCCGUGAGGAAGCGAAGAAUCAAGAAGAGUAGCCGAGUCCAGCCAGAAUUUUAUCACUCUGUUCAAGGUGCAUCAAUCAGGAGGCCUAGUUCCGGGAACGCGUCCUAUCGCUGCUCCAUGUCUUCCUCUGCGGAUUUUUCCGAUGAGGAUGAUUUCAGCCAGAAAUCUGGUUCCGCAUCCCCAGCUCCGGGAGACACCUUACCCUGGAAUUUACCUAAACAUGAGAGAUCGAAAAGAAAGAUUCAAGGGGGCUCAGUGCUGGACCCUGCCGAGAGGGCAGUGCUUAGGAUUGCAGAUGAACGGGACAAAGUUCAGAAGAAAACAUUUACAAAAUGGAUAAAUCAGCAUCUCAUGAAGGUUCGAAAACAUGUGAAUGAUCUCUAUGAAGACUUAAGAGAUGGACACAAUUUGAUUUCUCUUUUAGAGGUUCUUUCAGGAGAUACCUUGCCAAGGGAGCGAGAUUUUUUGAAGACCUUACGAUUGGUGAGUGCAACAGAAGCAUGCGAAUAUGAACAGCAUGAGGAUGUGGAGGAUGAGGAUAAGGGGCCCAGAGAAAAAGGUCGGAUGCGUUUUCACAGACUACAGAAUGUACAAAUUGCACUUGACUAUUUGAAAAGACGCCAGGUGAAAUUAGUGAAUAUUAGAAAUGAUGACAUAACAGAUGGAAAUCCCAAAUUGACUUUGGGAUUAAUCUGGACAAUUAUUUUGCACUUUCAGAUAUCUGAUAUCCAUGUUACUGGAGAGUCAGAGGAUAUGUCUGCAAAAGAGAGAUUGCUACUCUGGACGCAGCAGGCAACGGAGGGUUAUGCUGGAAUUCGGUGUGAAAAUUUCACUACCUGCUGGAGGGAUGGAAAAUUAUUUAAUGCCAUCAUUCACAAAUACAGGCCGGACCUGAUAGAUAUGAAUACUGUUGCUGUUCAAAGCAACCUUGCAAAUUUAGAGCAUGCUUUUUAUGUAGCAGAAAAAAUUGGUGUUAUAAGACUUCUGGACCCUGAAGACGUUGAUGUCUCCUCACCUGAUGAAAAAUCAGUAAUAACUUAUGUUUCAUCUCUCUAUGAUGCAUUUCCUAAAGUCCCUGAAGGUGGGGAAGGCAUUGGUGCAAAUGAUGUUGAAGUCAAAUGGAUUGAAUACCAGAAUAUGGUGAACUACCUCAUCCAAUGGAUUCGACACCAUGUGACCACAAUGUCUGAGAGAACAUUUCCUAAUAAUCCUAUAGAACUGAAGGCACUUUAUAAUCAGUAUUUACAGUUUAAAGAAACAGAAAUUCCACCAAAGGAGACAGAAAAAUCAAAAAUUAAACGUCUCUAUAAAUUAUUAGAGAUUUGGAUAGAAUUUGGACGCAUCAAGCUUCUUCAAGGUUAUCAUCCAAAUGACAUAGAAAAAGAGUGGGGGAAACUCAUUAUUGCCAUGCUUGAGAGGGAGAAGGCACUUCGUCCAGAAGUAGAAAGGUUGGAAAUGUUGCAACAGAUUGCCAACCGAGUUCAGAGGGACAGUGUCAUCUGUGAAGACAAACUAAUACUUGCUCGAAAUGCUCUUCAGUCUGAUUCUAAGAGAUUAGAAUCAGGAGUGCAGUUUCAGAAUGAAGCAGAAAUUGCUGGGUAUAUACUUGAAUGUGAGAAUCUUUUACGCCAGCAUGUAAUUGAUGUACAGAUUCUUAUUGAUGGAAAAUACUACCAGGCAGAUCAGUUGGUACAGAGGGUUGCAAAACUGCGUGAUGAAAUUAUGGCUCUAAGGAACGAAUGCUCUUCUGUGUACAGCAAAGGACGCAUGCUGACAACAGAACAGACGAAGCUCAUGAUAUCAGGAAUCACUCAAAGUUUAAACUCAGGAUUUGCACAGACCUUGCACCCUAGUCUGAGCUCAGGGCUGACCCAGAGUUUAACACCUUCUCUAACCUCUUCUAGCAUAACUUCUGGCCUGUCGUCAGGGAUGACUUCCCGCCUGACUCCAUCUGUCACUCCAGCUUAUACACCUGGUUUCCCAUCAGGAUUAGUUCCAAAUUUCAGUUCAGGAGUGGAGCCAAAUUCAUUGCAAACUCUGAAGUUGAUGCAGAUCCGAAAACCCCUCCUAAAAUCUUCUUUGCUGGAUCAAAAUUUAACAGAAGAAGAAAUCAACAUGAAAUUUGUUCAGGAUCUUUUGAAUUGGGUCGAUGAGAUGCAGGUACAACUGGACCGCACUGAAUGGGGCUCAGAUUUGCCAAGUGUUGAAAGCCAUUUAGAAAAUCAUAAAAAUGUUCACAGAGCUAUUGAAGAAUUUGAAUCUAGCCUCAAAGAAGCUAAAAUCAGUGAGAUUCAAAUGACAGCACCUCUUAAACUAACUUAUGCAGAAAAGUUGCACAGAUUAGAGAGUCAGUACGCAAAACUCUUGAAUACAUCCAGGAAUCAAGAACGGCACCUUGAUACACUCCAUAACUUUGUAAGUCGUGCAACUAAUGAACUUAUUUGGUUGAAUGAAAAAGAAGAGGAGGAAGUUGCUUAUGACUGGAGUGAGAGAAACACCAACAUAGCUCGCAAAAAAGAUUAUCAUGCUGAAUUAAUGAGAGAACUUGAUCAGAAGGAAGAAAAUAUUAAAUCAGUUCAGGAGAUAGCAGAGCAGCUACUUUUAGAAAAUCAUCCAGCCCGGUUAACUAUUGAGGCCUACAGAGCAGCAAUGCAGACGCAGUGGAGCUGGAUCUUACAGCUCUGCCAGUGUGUGGAGCAGCACAUAAAGGAGAACACAGCAUAUUUCGAGUUUUUCAAUGAUGCCAAAGACGCUACUGAUUACUUAAGGAAUCUAAAAGAUGCCAUUCAGCGGAAAUACAGCUGUGAUAGAUCAAGCAGCAUUCACAAGCUGGAAGACCUUGUUCAGGAAUCAAUGGAAGAGAAAGAAGAACUUCUGCAGUACAAAAGCACUGUAGCAAGCCUGAUGGGAAAAGCAAAAACAGUAAUUCAACUGAAGCCAAGGAAUUCUGACUGUCCGCUCAAAACUUCUAUUCCGAUCAAAGCUAUCUGUGACUAUAGACAAAUUGAGAUAACCAUUUACAAAGACGAUGAAUGUGUUUUGGCGAAUAACUCUCAUCGUGCUAAAUGGAAGGUCAUUAGUCCCACUGGGAAUGAGGCUAUGGUUCCAUCUGUGUGCUUCACCGUUCCUCCACCAAACAAAGAAGCGGUGGACUUUGCCAACAGAAUUGAGCAGCAGUAUCAGAAUGUCCUGACUCUUUGGCAUGAGUCUCACGUAAACAUGAAGAGUGUAGUAUCCUGGCAUUAUCUCAUCAAUGAAAUUGAUAGAAUUCGAGCUAGCAAUGUGGCUUCAAUAAAGACAAUGCUACCUGGUGAACAUCAGCAAGUUCUGAGUAAUCUACAGUCUCGUUUUGAAGAUUUUCUGGAAGAUAGCCAGGAAUCCCAAAUCUUUUCAGGCUCAGAUAUAACACAACUGGAAAAGGAGGUUAAUGUAUGUAAGCAGUAUUAUCAAGAACUUCUUAAAUCUGCAGAAAGAGAGGAGCAAGAGGAAUCAGUUUAUAAUCUCUACAUCUCUGAAGUUCGAAACAUCAGACUUCGGUUAGAGAACUGUGAAGAUCGGCUGAUUAGACAGAUUAGAACUCCCCUGGAAAGAGAUGAUUUGCAUGAAAGUGUAUUCAGAAUCACAGAACAGGAGAAACUAAAGAAAGAGCUGGAACGACUUAAAGAUGAUUUGGGAACAAUCACAAAUAAGUGUGAGGAGUUUUUCAGUCAAGCAGCAGCCUCUUCAUCAGUUCCCACCCUACGAUCGGAGCUUAAUGUGGUCCUUCAGAACAUGAACCAAGUCUAUUCUAUGUCUUCAACUUACAUAGAUAAGUUGAAAACUGUUAACUUGGUGUUAAAAAACACUCAAGCUGCAGAAGCCCUUGUAAAACUCUAUGAAACUAAACUGUGUGAAGAAGAAGCAGUUAUAGCUGACAAGAAUAAUAUUCAGAAUCUAAUAAGUACUUUAAAGCAAUGGAGAUCUGAAGUAGAUGAAAAGAGACAGGUAUUCCAUGCAUUAGAGGAUGAGUUGCAGAAAGCUAAAGCCAUCAGUGAUGAAAUGUUCAAAACAUAUAAAGAACGGGACCUUGAUUUUGACUGGCACAAAGAAAAAGCAGAUCAAUUAGUUGAAAGGUGGCAAAAUGUUCAUGUGCAGAUUGACAACAGGUUACGGGACUUAGAGGGCAUUGGCAAAUCGCUGAAGUACUACAGAGAUACUUACCAUCCUUUAGAUGACUGGAUCCAGCAGGUUGAAACUACUCAGAGAAAGAUUCAGGAAAAUCAGCCAGAAAAUAGUAAAACCCUGGCCACACAGUUGAAUCAACAGAAGAUGCUGGUGUCUGAAAUAGAAAUGAAACAGAGCAAAAUGGACGAGUGUCAAAAAUAUGCAGAACAGUACUCAGCCACAGUGAAGGACUAUGAAUUACAAACAAUGACCUACCGGGCUAUGGUAGAUUCACAACAAAAAUCUCCAGUGAAACGCCGAAGAAUGCAGAGUUCAGCAGAUCUCAUUAUUCAAGAGUUCAUGGACCUAAGGACUCGGUAUACUGCCCUGGUCACUCUCAUGACACAAUAUAUUAAAUUUGCUGGUGAUUCAUUGAAGAGGCUGGAAGAGGAAGAGAAGUCACUGGAAGAAGAAAAGAAAGAGCAUGUUGAAAAAGCCAAAGAAUUGCAAAAAUGGGUAUCAAAUAUCAGCAAGACCUUGAAAGAUGGAGAGAAGGCUGGAAAACCUCCCUUUUCUAAGCAAAAGAUUUCCAGUGAAGAAAUAUCAACCAAGAAGGAACAGUUGUCUGAAGCACUUCAAACUAUGCAGCUUUUUUUGGCAAAACAUGGAGACAAAAUGACAGAUGAAGAAAGAAACGAAUUGGAAAAACAGGUGAAAACUCUUCAAGAAAGUUAUAAUUUAUUAUUCAGUGAAUCUCUGAAACAGCUACAAGAAUCACAAACCUCAGGAGAUGUAAAGGUAGAGGAGAAGCUGGAUAAAGUGAUUGCAGGCACCAUUGAUCAGACAACUGGAGAAGUCCUUUCAGUCUUUCAAGCAGUUUUAAGAGGCCUCAUUGACUAUGACACAGGAAUUAGGUUGCUCGAGACACAGCUAAUGAUUUCUGGUCUAAUUUCACCAGAAUUGAGAAAAUGCUUCAACCUUAAAGAUGCCAAAAGUCAUGGUCUUAUUGAUGAACAAAUUCUGUGCCAACUCAAAGAACUAAAUAAAGCUAAAGAGAUUAUUUCUGUUGCAUCACCUACCACAAUUCCAGUACUGGAUGCUCUGGCUCAAAGCAUGAUAUCAGAAUCCAUGGCCAUCAAAGUUCUUGAGAUACUGCUUUCUAAAGGCUCUCUGGUUAUUCCAGCCACAGGAGAACAGCUGACCCUACAGAAGGCUUUCCAACAGAACUUGGUUUCCUCAGCAUUAUUUUCUAAAGUCUUGGAAAGGCAAAAUAUGUGCAAAGAUCUUAUUGACCCCUGUACCUCUGAGAAGGUUUCUUUAAUAGAUAUGGUACAAAGAAGUAUUUUACAGGAAAACACGGGGAUGUGGCUUCUACCUGUGAGACAACAAGAAGGAGGUAGAAUAACAUUAAAAUGUGGAAGAAACAUAAGCAUUUUAAGAGCAGCUCAUGAAGGUCUCAUAGACCGUGAAACCAUGUUUAGGUUGUUAAGUGCACAGCUUCUUUCUGGAGGUCUGAUCAAUUCCGACUCUGGCCAAAGAAUGACUGUUGAAGAAGCCGUCAGAGAAGGAGUGAUUGACAGGGACACUGCCAGCAGUAUCCUCACAUAUCAGGUUCAGACUGGUGGAAUCAUCCAGUCAAACCCUGCCAAGCGUUUAACUGUGGAUGAAGCAGUCCAGUGUGAUUUAAUAACUUCCAGCAGUGCUCUUCUGGUACUGGAAGCUCAGAGAGGCUAUGUUGGACUCAUUUGGCCCCAUUCUGGUGAAAUAUUUCCCACAUCAUCUUCCUUGCAGCAAGAGUUGAUUACAAGUGAAUUGGCUUACAAAAUCCUGAAUGGCAGGCAGAAAAUAGCUGCUCUUUAUAUUCCAGAAAGUUCUCAAGUCAUUGGUUUGGAUGCUGCUAAACAGCUAGGGAUUAUAGACAAUAACACAGCAUCAAUUUUAAAAAAUAUAAUAUUACCUGAUAAAAUGCCAGAUUUAGGAGAUUUAGAAGUUUGUAAAAAUGCCAGAAGAUGGCUCUCUUUUUGUAAAUUCCAACCCUCCACAGUUCAUGAUUAUAGACAAGAAGAGGAUGUUUUUGUUGGAGAAGAACCUGUUGCUACUCAGAGCUCAGAAGAAACUAAAAAAUUAUUUCUAUCUUAUUUAAUGAUAAAUAGCUAUAUGGAUGCAAACACAGGGCAAAGGCUUUUGCUGUACGAUGGAGACUUAGAUGAGGCUGUUGGCAUGCUACUGGAAGGCUGUCAUGCAGAAUUUGACGGAGACACAGCCACAAAAGAAUGUCUUGAUGUCUUAAGCUCCUCUGGUGUAUUUCUUACUGAUGCUUCAGGCAAAGAAAAGGAUGUACGUAUACCUACACCAAGUAGUUUCAAUAAAUGUCAUUGCGGAGAACCUGAACAUGAAGAGACUCUUGAAAAUAGGAAGUGUGCUACAGAUGAAGAAUGUCAUGAAAUGGGAAACAAUGUUAUUAAUAGUGCAUUUUCUCAGUCAGAAACACUGGCAAAUACAAUGUCAGUUGAUCCUAAAGUUAACAGUUCAUCCAGUGAAUGUGUUUUUAAUCCCAUAUCAUAUUUAACGCAGACUGAACUUGCAGACAUUAGCAUGCUUAGAAGUGACUCUGAAAACAUACUUACAAACUGUAAAAAUCAAGGUCGAAUGGAAACAAAUGAUCGUGCAAAUGAAUGUAGCCAUUCUAAAGACAUUCAAAACUUUCCAAGUGAUUUUAUAGAGAAUCCUAUUGUAAAAUCAAAAAGGAGUAAAUUUUGUGGUAUGAAUGAAACAGAGAAUGAAGCUAAUACAAACAGAAAUUCACCUAUCUUUGACUAUUCCCCCAGGCUAAGUGCCUUGUUAAGUCAUGAUAAAUUGAGGCACAGUCAGGGAAGUUUUAAUGAUACACACAUGCCAGAGAGCAAUGGAAAUAAAUGUGAAGCCCCUACAUUAUCAUUCAGUGACAAAACCAUGUUAUCAGGUCAAAUAACAGGAGAAAAAUUUCAAGACCAGUUUUUGGGAAUUGCAGCUAUUAACAUCAGUUUACCAGGAGAGCAGUCUGGACAGAAAUCUUUAAAUAUUAUUUCUAGUAAACCUCAAGUACAGUAUCACAAUGAUAAAUACAUUUCAAAUACUUCUGGUGAGGAUGAGAAGACACAUCCUCUAUUUCAGCAGACACCUGAAGACAAGGAAAAGGAGUCUGAAAUAGAAGAGUACUCUUGUGCUCAAGGGGGCAAUACUGAUAAUGCCAGUGCAUCUCUUAUGUGUGCUACACCAUUGCUUGAUGAAACCAUCAGUGCCAGUGACUAUGAAACAUCACUGCUGAAUGAUCAGCAGAGUGACACAGGAACAGACACUGAGAGUGAUGAUGAUUUUUACGAUACUCCCUUAUUCGAAAAUGAUGACCAUGAUUCUCUGCUUCUUGAUGGUGACGAUCGUGAUGGUCUGCACCCUGAGGACUAUGACACACUGCAAGAGGAAAAUGAUGAGACAGCUCCUCCUGCUGAUGUUUUUUAUGAUGUCUCAAAAGAGAAUGAAAAUUUUCUGGUUCCCCAUGGGGCACUAGGUGGUAGCUUAAGUGUGAAAGGCAAAGCACAGUGUCUUCAGGAUUUUCUCAGAGAUGUUGAGAAAGAUGAAUUAGAUUCUGGUGAAAAAAUACAUUUAAAUACAGUUGGCUCAGAUAAGGUGAAUGGAUUGUCACUGGGAACUGUGUCAGAAAGGGAAUGUGCAAAUAUCUUUGAAGGUAAUGAAUCUGACUCAUUCACUGCUUAUGAUAUUGUAGGAGGAGAAGAGAGCUUCAGUGCAUCAUUAAAAUAUGAGGACAGUGGCAGUUGGAGAGGAAGAAGGGAAGAGAAUGUGACUGGACAGGAAUUUCAGUCUGAUACUGAUCAUUUAGAUUCUAUGCAAAGUGAAGAAAGUUAUGGGGAUUAUAUAUGUUACAGUAAUGAUCAGGAUGAUGAUGAUGAUGAUGGCAUUGGAGAUGAGAAUGGAAAGCCCAGGUACCAAGAUGUGGCUGAAGAUAUGGAUAUCCAGUUGUGUGCCUCUAUUGUAAAUGAAAACAGUGAUGAAAAUUUUUCACCUAGUGAAAUUAGCUUAGUUACGGAAAGAAGCAACCUUCCAGAAUAUACAACUGAGAUUGUUGGAAAAAGCAAAGAAAAUCUGUUGAAUCAUGAGAUGGCACUUAAGGAUGUAUUGCUGUCUAUCAUUAAAGACACUGAAUCUGAAAAAACUUUUGGCUCUGCAAGUAUUUCACAUAAUAAUAAUAUCAGUUCAACUUCUGAGUUAGUUAAUCUACCAAACACAAAGGUUGAGUUGAUUCAAGGGUCAGAAUUGCCAGGAUUGACUGACUCUGUGAAAGGUGAAGAUCAGUGUUUUAAGAAUAUGGCACCAAAAGUUGACUCAUCUCUUGAUCACAUCAUUUGUACUGAGCCUGAUUUAAUAGGAAAGCCUGCUGAGGAAAGCCAUUUGUCAUUGAUAGGCUCUGUAACUGACAAAGAUCCUCAAGGAAAUGGAAGGGAUCUCAUUAAAGGGAGAGAUGGCAAAAGUGAUAUACUAAUGGAAGAUGAAACAUCAAUUCAGAAAAUGUAUGUGGGUGAAGGAGAAAUGCUUGUAGAAGGUCUAGUUGAAGAAGAAAAUAGGGAUCUCAAACUUUUGCCUGGUAAAAAUACAAGGGAUAGUUUCAGAUUAAUGAAUAGUCAGUUUCCAUUUCCUCAAAUCACAAACAAUGAAGAACUUAAUCAGAAAGGAAGCCUUAAAAAAGCAACUGUAACUCUUAAAGAUGAACCAAGUAGUCUACAAAUGAUAGUUAGUAAAAGUCCUGUUCAAUCUGAGACUCUUGAAGAAAUUUUUGACACAUCAGUUUCCAAAGAGAUUAGUGGUGGCAUUACUUCAAACAUUGCAUUGUGGGAAGGGAAUACACAUAUUGAGAAAGAUUCAUUCACUGAUGGACCUGAGAAAGAGCUUGAUUUGUUUACUUAUUUAAAACAUUGUGCUAAAAAUGUAAAAGCAAAAGAUGUAGCCAAAGCAAAUGAAGAUGUCCCAAGCCAUGUUCUAAUAACUGCCCCUCCCAUGAAAGAACAUUUACAAUUAGGAGUUAAUAAUACAAAAGAGAAGUCCACUAGUACCCAAGAAGACUCACCUUUUAAUGAAAUGAUCCAAAGUAAUGAUCUCUGUAGUAAAGACGGCAGCUCAGGAGGAGGAACAGAAAUUUUUCAGUUCACACCAGAAAGUAUUGAAGCCACACUUUCAAUGUUACCUCUUAAACAUUUAGAAGAUGUUAGGAAAAAUGAUUUUCUCCAGUUGGAGUGGUGUACAAGUGGAUUAGGAAAUGAUAACUCCAGUAACACUUUAAAUACUGACUAUUCAUUGUUAGAAAUUAAUAAUAAGAAAGAAAGAAUUGAGCAACAGCUACCAGAAGAGCAAGCCGUGUCUCCAAGACCCCAAGAAAAGGAGAUUCAAAUUCCUGAAUUGUCUCAGGUAUUUGUUGAGGAUGUAAAGGAUAUUUUAGACAGCAGAUUGAAAGAAGGUCAUAUGAACCCACAAGAAGUUGAAGAACCUUCAGCCUAUGCAGACACUGAAAUUUUAAUUCAAAAUUUAAUUAAAAGGGUUACCACAUCACAGUUGGUAAAUGAAGCAUCUACUGUGCCCAGAGACUCUCAAAUGAGUGACUCUUCUGGAUUUUUCCCCAUGAGUAACUCAUCAGAACUAAAGGCAGAAAGUAGAGAUGAUCCUUUCUGUAUUGAAAAUCUUAAAUCUGAGCUUCUCCUUAAUAUACUGAAGCAAGAUCAACAUAGCCAAAAAAUUACAGGAGUAUUUGAAUUGAUGAGAGAAUUAACUCAUAUGAAGUAUGACCUAGAGAAAAGAGGCAUUACAUCUAAAGUACUUCCACAGCAACUUGAGAAUAUUUUCUACAAGCUACUUGCUGAUGGAUAUUCAGAAAAAAUAGAACAUGUUGGAGACUUGAAUCAAAAAGCAUCUUCUACAUCUGAGAUGAUGGAAGAAAAGUCAUACAUUCUUGGUGAUAUUAAAAGCAAAGAAGGAAACCACUGUUUCCCUAAUUUACAAACUGUAAAACAAAUUGGACUAGAAGGCUCUACUGUGUGUGCAUCAGCAUUGCCAACAGAUGAGAAGCUCAAGGAUUCAUGUAAUGAUUUCCCAAACCAUUUGGAAUGUAUUUCAGGGUCAAAAGAAAUGGCUUCUGGAGAUAGCUCAACUGAACAAUUUUCCAAUGAAUUACAGCAGUGUUUACAGCACACUGAAAAAAUGCAUGAGUAUUUGACAUUGCUUCAAGAUAUGCAACCCCCCUUAGACACCCAGGAAUCUCUGGAUAACAAUCUGGAAGCUCUGAAGAAUCAACUUAGACAGUUGGAGGCAUUUGAAUUUGGAUUGGCUCCAAUUGCUGUUAUUUUAAGAAAAGAUAUGAAGUCGGCAGAAGAAUUUUUAAAGUCUCUUCCCAGUGACUUUCCCAGAGGACAUCUUGAAGAAUUGAGUAUAAACCACAAGAGUUUGCAGACCGCCUUCUCUUCCCUCAGCAAUGUGUCUUCUGAAAGAAUGAAACAAAUCAUGCUUGCGAUUGACUCUGAAAUGUCUAAACUGGUAGUUUCCCAUGAAGAAUUUUUGCAUAAACUUAAGUCAUUCUCAGAUUGGAUAUCAGAGAAAAGCAAAUCUGUGAGGCAUAUUGAGAUUGUGAAUGUUCAAGAUUCUGAACGUGUAAAGAAACAUUUGGAGUUUCUCAAGAAUGUAUUGAAAGACCUUGGACAUACCAAAAUGCAGCUGGAGACUACUGCCUUUGAUGUGCAGUUCUUCAUUUCUGAAUAUGCACAGGAUCUGCCUCCCAACCAAAGCAAACAACUGCUGAGGCUCUUAAAUAGAACUCAGAAGGGUUUUCUUGAUGUACAGGAAUCAGUAACUACCCAGUUGGAACGUUUAGAGACUCAGUUACAUCUAGAGCAAGAUCUUGAUGAUCAGAAGAUUGUGGCAGAGCGUCAGCAGGAGUAUAAAGAGAAGCUUCAAGGGAUAUGUGAUCUUCUUACCCAAACUGAAAACCGCCUGAUUGGUCACCAAGAAGCCUUCAUGAUUGGUGAUGGCACAGUUGAGUUAAAGAAAUACCAGUCUAAGCAAGAGGAAUUACAGAAAGAUAUGGAAGGAAGUGCACAGGCAUUGGCAGAAGUAGUGAAAAACACAGAGAACUUCUUAAAAGAGAAUGGUGAAAAGCUGUCACGGGAAGAUAAGGCUUUGAUUGAACAGAAACUGAAUGAAGCUAAGAUAAAGUGUGAACAGCUUAAUUUAAAAGCAGAACAGUCCAAAAAGGAGCUGGAUAAAGUUGUGACAACAGCAAUCAAGGAAGAAACUGAAAAGGUUGCAGCAGUGAAGCAGCUGGAAGAGAGCAAAACCAAAAUAGAAAACCUUUUGGACUGGUUGUCAAAUGUUGACAAAGACUCAGAAAGGGCAGGGACAAAACGCAAACAGAUAAUUGAACAGAAUGGGACCCAUUUUCGAGAAGGUGAUGGCAAGUCAGCAAUUGGAGAAGAGGAUGAAGUUAAUGGUAACCUGUUGGAGACUGAUGUUGAUGGGCAAGUUGGAACUACCCAGGAGAAUCUGAAUCAGCAAUAUCAGAAAGUUAAGGCCCAACACGAGGAGAUCAUCUCUCAGCACCAAGCAGUCAUCAUAGCCACUCAGUCUGCACAAGUGCUGCUUGAGAAACAGGGUCAGUAUCUCUCUCCUGAAGAAAAAGAGAAACUGCAAAAGAACAUGAAGGAACUGAAAGCGCACUAUGAAACUGCACUGGCUGAGUCAGAGAAGAAAAUGAAGUUAACUCACUCUCUGCAGGAAGAAUUAGAGAAGUUUGAUGCUGACUAUCAUGAGUUUGAGCACUGGCUACAGCAGUCAGAACAAGAACUUGAAAACCUGGAGGCAGGUGCAGAUGACUUCAGUGGUUUAAUGACCAAACUGAAGAGGCAGAAGAGUUUCUCAGAAGACGUCAUUUCUCACAAAGGUGACUUGAGAUACAUCACAAUUUCUGGAAACAGAGUGUUAGAAGCUGCCAAAUCUUGCAGCAAGAGAGAUGGUGGCAAGGUUGACAAGGAUAAUAUUGACACUUCUGCAACCCACAGAGAAGUGCAGCGCAAGUUGGAUCAUGCUACUGAUCGGUUCAGGUCUCUCUACUCUAAGUGCAGUGUUCUUGGAAAUAACCUUAAAGAUCUGGUGGAUAAAUACCAACACUAUGAAGAUGCUUCAUGUGGACUUCUUUCUGGACUCCAGGCCUGUGAGGCCACGGCUGGCAAACACUUGUCUGAACCUAUUGCAGUGGACCCCAAAAAUCUACAAAGACAAUUAGAAGAGACCAAGGCUCUGCAAGGACAGAUAUCAAGUCAGCAGGUUGCUGUAGAGAAACUGAAAAGAACGGCUGAAGUACUUUUAGAUGCCAGGGGAUCUUUACUUCCAGCCAAGAAUGAUAUCCAGAGAACACUUGAUGACAUUGUUGGAAGAUACGAGGAUCUGUCCAAGUCUGUUAAUGACCGAAAUGAAAAACUCCAGAUAACCUUGACCCGUUCACUGAGUGUGCAGGAUGGCUUGGAUGAAAUGCUGGACUGGAUGGGAAGUGUGGAAAGUUCUCUAAAAGAACAAGGUCAAGUGCCCUUAAACUCUGCUGCUCUUCAGGAUAUCAUCAGUAAAAACAUUAUGUUGGAACAGGAUAUCGCAGGUCGUCAGAGCAGUAUAAAUGCCAUGAAUGAAAAAGUGAAGAAAUUUAUGGAAACAACAGAUCCAUCCACCGCAUCCUCACUGCAAGCCAAAAUGAAGGACUUGUCCUCUCGGUUUUCAGAAGCAAGUCAUAAACACAAAGAAAAACUUGCCAAAAUGGAGGAGCUAAAAACCAAAGUGGAACUGUUUGAGAACCUCUCAGAAAAGCUCCAAACAUUUUUAGAAACAAAAACUCAGGCUCUUACUGAAGUAGAUGUGCCAGGAAAAGAUGUUACUGAAUUGUCGCAGUAUAUGCAGGAAUCAACUUCUGAAUUUUUAGAACACAAGAAAGAUCUUGAAGUUUUGCACAGUCUCUUGAAGGAGAUAUCCAGCCAUGGCUUACCAGGUGAUAAGGCUCUGGUUUUUGAAAAAACAAAUAAUUUGUCAAAGAAAUUCAAGGAAAUGGAGGAUACCAUCAAAGAAAAAAAAGAAGCUGUAACUUCUUGUCAAGAGCAGUUGGAUGCUUUCCAAGUUCUUGUUAAAUCAUUGAAGUCGUGGAUGAAAGAAACAACAAAAAGAGUUCCCAUUGUGCAGCCUUCAUUUGGUGCAGAGGAUUUAGGAAAAUCUUUGGAAGACACUAAGAAAUUACAAGAAGAGUGGAGUUUAAAAACACCAGAGAUUCAGAAAGUAAACAACAGUGGCAUCUCACUAUGUAACCUUGUAAGUGCUGUGACCACCCCUGCGAAGGCAAUAGCAGCAGUUAAAUCAGGUGGAGCAAUAUUAAAUGGUGAAGGAACAGCCACAAAUACUGAGGAAUUUUGGGCAAAUAAAGGUUUAACAUCCAUUAAAAAAGACAUGACUGACGUAAGUCAUGGUUAUGAAGAUCUUGGCCUCUUACUCAAGGACAAAAUAGCGGAACUGAACACUAAGCUCUCCAAAUUGCAAAAGGCUCAGGAAGAAUCAAGUGCAAUGAUGCAGUGGUUACAGAAAAUGAACAAAACUGCCACAAAAUGGCAUCAGACUCCUGCACCUACAGAUACUGAAGCUGUGAAGACUCAAGUUGAGCAGAAUAAGUUGUUUGAGGCAGAACUGAAGCAGAAUGUAAACAAAGUACAGGAGUUGAAAGACAAAUUGACAGAGCUGUUGGAGGAGAAUCCAGAUACUCCUGAGGCCCCCAGGUGGAAACAGAUGUUGACAGAAAUAGAUUCUAAGUGGCAAGAACUCAAUCAACUAACAAUUGAUAGACAACAAAAACUGGAAGAAUCCUCCAAUAAUCUAACCCAAUUCCAGACUGUAGAGGCUCAAUUGAAACAGUGGCUUGUUGAAAAAGAACUUAUGGUCAGUGUUCUUGGGCCCUUGUCAAUUGACCCAAAUAUGCUAAACACACAAAGGCAGCAGGUACAGAUUCUGCUGCAAGAAUUUGCCACUCGGAAACCUCAAUAUGAACAGCUCACAGCAGCUGGUCAGGGCAUUCUGAGCAGACCUGGAGAAGACCCUUCUUUACAUGGGAUUGUGAAAGAGCAACUGGCAGCUGUGACCCAAAAAUGGGAUAGCCUAACAGGGCAAUUGAGUGACAGAUGUGACUGGAUUGACCAAGCCAUUGUUAAAAGCACACAGUAUCAAAGCCUGCUGAGAAGCCUUUCCGAUAAACUGAAUGACUUGGAUAAUAAACUCAGCAGCAGUCUGGCUGUGAGCACGCACCCUGAUGCUAUGAACCAACAGUUGGAAUCAGCCCAAAAAAUGAAGCAGGAAAUACAGCAGGAAAGGAAGCAGAUAAAAGUGGCCCAGACACUCUGUGAGGAUUUGUCAGCACUGGUUAAAGAAGAAUACUUGAAAGCAGAACUUAGUAGGCAACUAGAAAGCAUCUUAAAAUCAUUUAAAGAUAUUGAACAGAAAGCAGAGAAUCAUGUCCAGCACCUUCAGUCAGCCUGUGCAAGCUCUCAUCAAUUUCAGCAAAUGUCUAGAGAUUUUCAAGCUUGGCUAAAUACAAAGAAAGAAGAGCAAAACAAGUCUCAUCCAAUAUCCGCCAAAGUAGAUGUCUUGGAAUCAUUAAUUAAAGAUCAUAAAGACUUAAGUAAAACUUUGACUGCCCAGUCUCAUAUUUAUGAAAAAACCAUUGCAGAAGGUGAAAAUCUGUUAUUAAAAACACAAGGGUCUGAGAAGGCAGCCUUACAGUCUCAGCUUAAUACGAUUAAAACCAAUUGGGAUACAUUUAAUAAGCAGGUGAAAGAAAGAGAAAACAAGUUAAAAGAUUCAUUGGAAAAAGCCCUUAAGUAUAAAGAGCAAGUAGAGACUCUCCGGCCAUGGAUAGACAAAUGCCAAAACAACCUGGAGGAAAUAAAAUUUUGCUUGGAUCCUGCUGAAGGAGAGAAUUCUAUUGCCAAGUUAAAGUCUCUGCAGAAGGAAAUGGACCAACACUUUGGUAUGGUAGAAUUACUGAACAACACAGCCAAUAGCUUGCUCAGUGUCUGUGAGGUAGAUAAAGAAGUUGUUACAGACGAGAAUAAGUCACUGAUCCAGAAGGUAGACAUGGUCACUGAACAACUUCACAGUAAGAAAUUGUCCCUGGAGAACAUGGCUCAGAAGUUUAAAGAAUUUCAAGAAGUUUCCAAAGAAUCUAAAAGGCAGCUUCAAUGUGCAAAGGAGCAGCUAGAUGUCCAUGAUUCCCUGGGACCCCAGGCUUUCAGUAACAAAUACCUGACCAUGUUGCAAACUCAGCAGAAAUCACUUCAGGCCUUGAAGCAUCAGGUAGAUUUGGCUAAAAGACUUGCACAGGACCUUGUGGUAGAGGCGUCAGACUCAAAGGGAACCUCUGAUAUUUUAUUGCAAGUGGAAACCAUAGCUCAAGAGCACAGUGAACUAAGUCAGCAGGUUGAUGAAAAGUGUUCAUUCUUAGAAACCAAACUUCAGGGCAUUGGGCAUUUCCAGAAUACCAUUCGAGAAAUGUUUUCUCAGUUUGCAGAGUUUGAUGAUGAACUGGACAGCAUGGCCCCAGUGGGAAGAGAUGCAGAAACAUUGCAAAAGCAAAAGGAAACUAUAAAAGCAUUUCUAAAGAAACUAGAAGCCCUCAUAGCAAGCAACGACAAUGCCAAUAAAACCUGCAAGAUGAUGUUGGCCACAGAAGAAACCUCUCCUGACCUUGUUGGAAUCAAAAGGGACUUGGAGGCAUUAAGCAAACAAUGCAACAAGUUACUGGACCGAGCCCAAGCCAGAGAAGAGCAGGUUGAAGGGACAAUUACGCGUCUUGAAGAAUUUUACAGCAAAUUGAAAGAAUUUUCUGCUCUGCUCCAGAAAGCCGAAGAACAUGAAGAGUCGCAGGGUCCGGUUGGUAUGGAAACAGAGACAAUUAAUCAGCAGCUUGACGUGUUCAAGGCAUUCCAGAAAGAAGAGAUUGAACCCUUGCAAGGUAAACAGCAAGAUGUAAAUUGGUUAGGUCAAGGUCUUAUUCAGAGUGCUGCUAAAAGCACUAGCACUCAGCGCUUAGAGCAUGACCUGGAUGAUGUCAAUGCACGGUGGAAGACUCUCAAUAAGAAGGUGGCUCAGCGAGCAGCCCAGCUGCAGGAGGCCUUGCUGCACUGUGGGAGGUUCCAGGAUGCCCUGGAGUCCCUGCUCAGCUGGAUGGCGGACACUGAGGAGCUUGUGGCCAAUCAGAAGCCCCCAUCGGCCGAGUUCAAAGUGGUAAAGGCCCAGAUACAAGAACAAAAGCUUCUCCAAAGAUUGUUGGAUGACCGCAAAUCUACGGUAGAGGUAAUCAAACGAGAAGGAGAAAAAAUUGCCACAACAGCAGAGCCUGCAGAUAAAGUGAAGAUUUUGAAACAGCUCAGUCUCCUGGAUAGUAGAUGGGAGGCAUUGCUUAAUAAAGCUGAAGCAAGGAAUCGUCAGUUGGAAGGUAUCUCAGUGGUAGCACAACAAUUUCAUGAAACCUUAGAACCACUGAACGAGUGGCUUACGACCAUAGAAAAGAGACUGGUGAAUUGUGAACCCAUAGGAACCCAAGCAUCUAAACUUGAGGAACAAAUUACACAGCACAAAGCCUUAGAAGAUGACAUCAUCAAUCACAAUAAACAUUUACACCAGGCUGUUAGCAUUGGCCAGUCCUUAAAGGUUUUGAGCUCCAGGGAGGAUAAAGAUAUGGUGCAGAGUAAAUUAGACUUCUCUCAAGUGUGGUACAUUGAGAUUCAAGAGAAAAGUCACAGCAGGUCUGAGCUCCUCCAGCAGGCCUUAUGUAAUGCUAAGAUUUUUGGGGAAGAUGAAGUUGAGCUGAUGAACUGGCUGAAUGAAGUGCAUGACAAACUGAGCAAGCUCUCAGUCCAGGAUUACAGCACUGAGGGGCUAUGGAAGCAGCAGUCUGAACUUCGGGUUCUGCAAGAGGACAUCUUACUCAGGAAACAAAAUGUAGAUCAGGCUUUACUAAAUGGUUUAGAACUACUUAAACAAACCACAGGUGAUGAAGUUUUAAUAAUUCAAGAUAAAUUGGAAGCCAUUAAAGCAAGAUACAAAGACAUUACUAAAUUGAGCACGGAUGUGGCCAAGACUCUGGAACAGGCGCUGCAGCUUGCAAGGCGGUUGCACUCCACACACGAGGAGCUGUGCACCUGGCUGGACAAGGUGGAGGUGGAAUUACUUUCGUAUGAAACUCAGGUCCUGAAAGGAGAAGCAGCAAGUCAAACACAAGUGAGACAAAAAGAACUGAAAAAGGAAGCUAAGAACCACAAAGCCUUACUGGACUCCCUGAAUGAAGUGAGCAGUGCUUUGCUGGAACUGGUACCAUGGAGGGCAAGAGAAGGACUUGAGAAAAUGGUAGCUGAGGACAAUGAGCGCUACCGAUUAGUGAGCGACACCAUCACUCAGAAGGUGGAGGAGAUCGAUGCUGCGAUUCUGAGAUCACAGCAGUUUGACCAAGCAGCUGAUGCUGAGUUAUCCUGGAUUACUGAAACAGAAAAAAAAUUGAUGUCUCUGGGUGACAUCAGGCUUGAGCAAGACCAGACUUCUGCUCAGCUUCAAGUUCAAAAGACAUUCACCAUGGAGAUUUUGAGACACAAGGAUAUUAUUGAUGAACUUGUUAAAUCCGGGCAUAAAAUCAUGACUGCAUGCAGUGAAGAGGAAAAGCAAUCAAUGAAGAAAAAACUGGACAAGGUACUGAAGAACUACGAUACCAUCUGCCAGAUUAACUCAGAGAGGUAUCUGCAGCUGGAACGGGCACAGUCCCUGGUUAACCAGUUCUGGGAAACAUAUGAAGAACUUUGGCCAUGGCUGACAGAAACACAAACAAUUAUCUCUCAGCUUCCUGCCCCAGCCCUUGAAUAUGAAACUCUAAGGCAGCAGCAGGAAGAACAUCGGCAACUGCGAGAGUUGAUAGCUGAACACAAGCCUCAUAUAGAUAAAAUGAACAAAACUGGGCCACAGUUACUGGAAUUAAGCCCUGGGGAAGGCUUUUCUAUCCAAGAGAAGUAUGUGGCAGCUGACACCCUUUACAGUCAAAUUAAAGAAGAUGUCAAAAAGCGAGCCGUGGCACUGGAUGAAGCCAUUUCUCAAUCAACUCAGUUCCAUGACAAGAUAGAUCAGAUCCUUGAGAGCCUGGAACGCAUCGUGGAGCGUCUGAGGCAGCCACCUUCUAUCUCUGCAGAGGUCGAGAAGAUCAAGGAACAGAUCAGUGAAAAUAAGAAUGUGUCGGUAGACAUGGAAAAGCUACAGCCAUUGUAUGAAACACUUAAACAGAGGGGAGAGGAAAUGAUCGCUAGAUCUGGGGGCACUGAUAAAGACAUAUCUGCCAAAGCUGUUCAGGAUAAGCUUGACCAAAUGGUUUUCAUUUGGGAGAACAUACACACACUGGUAGAAGAAAGGGAAGCCAAACUACUGGAUGUGAUGGAGCUAGCAGAAAAGUUCUGGUGUGAUCACAUGUCAUUGGUAGUUACCAUUAAAGACACUCAAGAUUUCAUCCGGGACCUGGAAGAUCCUGGAAUUGAUCCUUCAGUAGUAAAACAACAGCAAGAAGCAGCAGAGGCCAUAAGGGAAGAAAUAGAUGGACUACAGGAGGAGCUGGAUAUAGUUAUUAACCUGGGUUCUGAACUCAUUUCGGCAUGUGGGGAGCCUGAUAAACCCAUUGUCAAAAAGAGCAUAGAUGAGUUAAAUUCAGCAUGGGAUUCUCUAAAUAAAGCUUGGAAAGACCGGAUUGACAAACUGGAGGAGGCAAUGCAGGCUGCCGUUCAGUACCAGGAUGGACUGCAGGCAGUAUUUGACUGGGUAGAUAUUGCAGGUGGUAAAUUAGCUUCAAUGUCUCCGAUUGGAACAGAUCUUGAAACUGUCAAGCAGCAGAUUGAAGAGCUAAAGCAAUUUAAGUCUGAGGCCUAUCAACAACAGAUAGAAAUGGAAAGACUGAACCAUCAAGCAGAGCUUUUGCUAAAGAAAGUAACAGAAGAGAGUGACAAACACACUGUUCAAGACCCAUUAAUGGAACUGAAAUUGAUAUGGGAUAGUCUGGAUGAGAGAAUCAUCAACAGACAGCAUAAACUGGAGGGUGCUCUGUUAGCGCUGGGUCAGUUCCAACAUGCCCUGGAUGAGCUCCUGACGUGGCUGACACACACCGAGGGCUUGCUAAGUGAGCAGAAACCUGUUGGAGGAGACCCUAAAGCCAUUGAAAUUGAACUUGCCAAGCAUCAUGUGCUCCAAAAUGAUGUAUUAGCCCAUCAGUCCACAGUGGAAGCCGUUAAUAAAGCAGGAAAUGAUCUAAUUGAAUCAAGUGCAGGAGAAGAAGCAAGCAACCUUCAGAACAAGCUAGAGGUUUUAAAUCAACGCUGGCAAAAUGUUUUGGAAAAAACAGAACAAAGGAAGCAGCAGCUGGAUGGUGCCUUGCGCCAGGCCAAAGGGUUCCAUGGUGAAAUUGAGGAUUUGCAGCAGUGGCUGACUGACACAGAGCGUCAUCUGUUGUCAUCCAAACCUCUGGGAGGCUUACCGGAAACAGCCAAGGAGCAGCUUAAUGUCCAUAUGGAAGUCUGUGCUGCCUUUGAAGCUAAAGAAGAAACAUUUAAGAGUCUGAUGCAGAAAGGCCAGCAGAUGCUUGCAAGAUGCCCAAAAUCUGCAGAGACAAAUAUUGACCAAGACAUAAAUAACUUGAAAGAAAAAUGGGAAUCGGUGGAAACCAAACUCAAUGAAAGGAAAACUAAACUGGAAGAGGCUCUCAACUUGGCAAUGGAGUUCCACAAUUCUCUCCAAGACUUCAUCAACUGGCUUACUCAGGCUGAACAGACCCUAAAUGUAGCUUCUCGGCCAAGUCUUAUCUUGGACACAGUCUUAUUUCAGAUUGACGAACACAAGGUUUUUGCCAAUGAAGUAAAUUCUCACCGUGAGCAGAUAAUAGAACUGGACAAAACUGGAACCCACCUAAAAUAUUUUAGUCAGAAACAAGAUGUUGUUCUAAUCAAGAAUCUACUUAUCAGCGUGCAAAGUCGAUGGGAAAAAGUGGUUCAACGGUUGGUAGAAAGAGGAAGAUCUUUGGAUGAAGCAAGGAAGAGAGCCAAGCAGUUCCAUGAAGCUUGGAGUAAACUUAUGGAGUGGUUGGAAGAGUCAGAAAAGUCUUUGGAUUCUGAACUGGAAAUCGCAAAUGAUCCAGACAAAAUAAAAACACAGCUUGCACAACAUAAGGAGUUUCAGAAAUCACUUGGAGCCAAGCAUUCUGUCUACGACACCACCAACAGGACUGGACGUUCUCUAAAGGAGAAAACCUCCCUGGCUGAUGACAACCUAAAACUAGAUGACAUGCUGAGUGAACUCAGAGACAAAUGGGAUACCAUAUGUGGAAAAUCUGUGGAACGACAAAACAAGUUGGAGGAAGCCCUGUUAUUUUCUGGGCAAUUCACAGAUGCCCUGCAGGCCCUCAUUGAUUGGUUGUAUAGAGUUGAACCCCAGCUGGCAGAAGACCAACCUGUCCACGGAGACAUUGAUUUAGUGAUGAAUCUGAUCGAUAAUCACAAGGCCUUCCAAAAAGAGUUGGGAAAGAGGACCAGCAGUGUGCAGGCCCUGAAGCGCUCAGCCCGAGAACUCAUAGAAGGCAGUCGGGAUGACUCUUCCUGGGUCAAGGUCCAGAUGCAGGAAUUAAGCACGCGCUGGGAGACCGUGUGUGCACUUUCCAUAUCAAAGCAAACACGGUUAGAAGCAGCCCUGCGUCAGGCAGAGGAGUUCCACUCGGUGGUACAUGCCCUCUUGGAGUGGCUGGCGGAGGCGGAGCAAACCCUUCGUUUCCAUGGUGUCCUCCCAGACGAUGAGGACGCUCUCCGGACUCUCAUUGAUCAGCAUAAAGAGUUCAUGAAGAAACUAGAAGAAAAGAGAGCUGAACUAAAUAAAGCCACCACUAUGGGCGACACCGUUUUGGCUAUCUGCCACCCUGACUCCAUCACUACCAUUAAGCACUGGAUAACAAUCAUCCGGGCGAGGUUCGAGGAGGUACUGGCCUGGGCGAAGCAACAUCAGCAGAGAUUAGCAAGUGCUCUGGCUGGGCUUAUUGCCAAACAGGAAUUAUUGGAAGCUUUGCUGGCUUGGCUGCAAUGGGCUGAAACUACACUUACUGAUAAAGAUAAAGAAGUAAUCCCACAGGAGAUCGAAGAGGUGAAAGCGCUUAUUGCAGAACACCAGACCUUCAUGGAGGAAAUGACCAGAAAACAGCCUGAUGUUGACAAAGUAACAAAGACCUAUAAGAGGAGAGCUGCUGAUCCUUCCUCAUUACAAUCCCAUAUUCCAGUCUUGGAUAAGGGACGAGCAGGAAGAAAACGCUUUCCAGCAUCAAGCUUGUAUCCCUCUGGGUCACAGACACAAAUUGAAACCAAAAAUCCUAGGGUAAACUUAUUGGUGAGCAAAUGGCAGCAAGUCUGGCUUCUGGCUUUGGAAAGAAGGCGGAAACUCAACGAUGCCUUGGACAGGCUAGAGGAGCUGAGGGAAUUUGCUAACUUUGAUUUUGAUAUUUGGCGCAAAAAAUACAUGCGAUGGAUGAAUCACAAGAAAUCUCGAGUGAUGGACUUCUUCAGGAGAAUUGAUAAAGACCAGGAUGGGAAAAUAACACGGCAGGAAUUUAUUGAUGGAAUUCUUUCCUCAAAGUUUCCAACCAGUCGCUUGGAGAUGAGCGCUGUUGCAGACAUCUUUGACAGAGAUGGUGAUGGAUACAUUGACUACUAUGAAUUUGUAGCAGCCCUUCACCCAAAUAAAGAUGCAUAUAAACCUAUCACAGAUGCCGACAAAAUCGAAGACGAGGUGACAAGGCAGGUAGCUAAGUGUAAAUGUGCAAAACGAUUUCAAGUUGAACAGAUUGGUGAUAACAAAUACAGGUUCUUCCUGGGAAAUCAGUUUGGAGACUCCCAGCAACUGCGACUGGUCCGGAUCCUGCGUAGUACUGUGAUGGUUCGUGUUGGAGGUGGAUGGAUGGCACUUGAUGAGUUCUUAGUGAAAAAUGAUCCUUGCAGGGUUCAUCAUCAUGGGAGUAAAAUGUUACGUUCGGAAUCAAACUCUUCAAUUACUACUACUCAGCCUACUAUAGCCAAAGGAAGGACAAACAUGGAACUGCGUGAGAAGUUCAUUUUAGCGGACGGUGCCAACCAGGGUAUGGCUGCCUUCCGACCCCGCGGCCGAAGAUCCCGGCCUUCCUCACGAGGCGCUUCACCCAACAGAUCCACUUCUGUGUCCAGUCAGGCUGCGCAGGCGGCCUCCCCGCAGGUCCCUGCCACCACCACACCCAAGAUUCUCCAUCCUUUAACACGCAAUUAUGGUAAACCAUGGUUGACAAACAGCAAAAUGUCAACUCCUUGUAAAGCAGCAGAGUGCUCAGACUUUCCCGUGCCAUCUACAGAGGGAACACCAAUACAAGGAAGCAAGCUUCGACUUCCAGGGUAUUUAUCAGGGAAAGGCUUCCACUCUGGGGAGGACAGUGGCUUGAUAACAACUGCAGCUGCCAGAGUUCGAACACAGUUUGCCGAUUCCAGGAAGACUCCCAGCCGACCAGGAAGUCGAGCCGGAAGCAAAGCUGGCAGCAGAGCCAGCAGCCGCCGGGGCAGUGAUGCAUCAGACUUUGACAUUUCAGAAAUCCAGUCCGUGUGCUCAGAUGUGGAAACUGUCCCCCAGACACACAGACCUACACCCCGAGCAGGUUCUCGGCCAUCCACAGCAAAGCCUUCAAAAAUCCCCACGCCCCAGAGGAAAUCUCCUGCCAGCAAAUUGGACAAGUCUUCAAAGAGAUAGUGCAAUUGGUUCUCCCAAGGCCCUUCCUUGAGCAUUUAUUAUUUAAGUUUGAACGAUGUAAAAUAUGAUGUAGAAAUUCUUGUGAAAUAUUGCAAGAGGCGAGUUUAAAAUUCUGCAGAUGGCCUUAUUUGUGUAUUUGUCUUUUUAUUUUAUCUGUAUAAUUUUUUUGUCAGAUAUUCUGGGGUUAAAGUCACAUCAUAUGUGAGGAGGAAAAGUUUAACAUGAACUAACAUUUCUGCACUGUAACGUGCAGGGCACACACUAAAAUCAGUUACUGUACCUACAGGUAAGUCUACAUCCUCUCCGAUAGCCACAGUACGCCAUCAAUCCCUGACGUUAGGAAUACCUCAUGACACUUUCCUGUUUUUAUGGAAACUCUGAGAAGCUAAAUGAUACAUGCAGGGAAUACUUUUUAAGAUGAUAUAAAAGAUGGAAGACAGACAAACACACCCACACACAGUCUUUGCAGUAUCUUACAGAGAACUCACGAAAGUUACUUCGAGCACUUGCCAGUACUAUGAUACUCAAGUACCUUGCAGCAUUUCUGUGCCAUUGCUUUCAGUCAGGCCAGAGGCAUCCUGGAUAUUAGACCUAUUAUACUGUAAGAAUAUAAUUAUAAAGUGCAUUCAUAUACAUGUGAGGUUUUCUUUUGCUUGAGUGGACAGUAGCACCUGUAUCAUUGAACUCAUUUUGUAUCAGAGCAAUUUUGCUUGCAGAAAGCUAUAAAAUAAAACACGUCCCUUAACUACAUUGCUAUGGAAUUAAUUUUUUUUCCCCAGGGAAAAUUAGUGUAUUUUUUUAUGAGCAAUAUCAAUUUGGAGUGACCAAAAGAUACUUUAAAAUGGGUUUAUUUUGAUUUCUCAUCUGAAAUAAUCAUGUUCUGGUAUUAUAUCUAUAUUUAAUAAAUAUAUACAUUUUAAUUUAUUAUGUAUACUCACUAUAGAAAGAUAUUAGUAUGCAUUUAAUAAAACAUAUUCACUUGA